GCAGAUGAAGUGACAGGGAGAUUGAAUUUGUUCUGUCCUUGGAAAGUUUUUUUUUCAUAUUGCAAUUUUGUUUAGCACGAUAACACGAAAUGUCUGUACAUAUACCAAAGUUGCAGGUCCCGCUGAAUGAAAGAUUGCUGAAAUUAAAAGAAAGUUUCGUGCAGAAGUUUGGGAAAGCACCUCUUUUUUAUGCGUAUGCUCCUGGGCGAGUAAAUUUAAUAGGAGAGCAUAUUGACUAUUGUGGGUAUGCUGUGCUCCCGAUGGCAAUUGAGCAAAAUAUCCUUGCUGCAGUCUCAGUGGAUGAAUCUCAAACUAUCCAACUGGCAAAUACAAAUCCUCAGUACAAUGAUUACAUUGUGUCUGCUGGAGACAUUAAGAUUGACAGAGCAAACCCUCAAUGGCAUUAUUAUUUUCUUUGUGGAGUUAAAGGAAUACAGGAGCACUUUGGCCUUGCCGCUCCAGCUGGGAUGCAGUGUGUCGUAGACGGAACCGUGCCCGCCAGUUCAGGCCUGUCCAGCUCCAGUGCUCUGGUGUGCUGUGCAGGUCUCCUCACUGUGGAGGCCAAUCGCAAGACUCUGUCAAAGGUGGAACUGGCUGAGACCUGUGCCAGAAGCGAGCGCUAUAUUGGCACAGAGGGAGGUGGCAUGGACCAGUCCAUCUCUUUCUUGGCUGAGGAAGGAACUGCAAAGCUUAUAGAAUUCAACCCGCUACGGUCAACGGAUGUGAAGCUCCCCGGCGAUGCCGUUUUCGUGAUUGCUAAUUGUUGCGUCGAAAUGAACAAGGCCGCCACGUCUCAUUUCAACAUCAGGGUGGUGGAGUGCCGCAUAGCCACAAAGCUGCUGGCCAAGAAGAAAGGCCUGGACUGGAGCAGACUGAUGAAGCUGGGGGAAGUGCAGGCAGAGUUGGAAGCCUCCCUGGAAGAGAUGGUGCAGAUAGUGGAGGAGGUGCUUCACCCAGAGCCAUACAGCAGGGAGGAAGUCUGCCAGUGUCUGGGGAUAACCUUAGAAUGUCUCUGUAAGGACAUCCUGAGUCCCAACACGCAGCAUGUGACCCACUUCAAGCUGUACCAGCGCGCCAAGCAUGUGUACAGCGAGGCAGCGCGGGUGCUGCGGUUUAAGGGCGUGUGCGACAGGGCGACGGGCGGAGCCGUCCGGGAGCUGGGCGAGCUCAUGCGGGAGAGCCACGCGAGCUGCAGGGACCUGUACGAGUGCAGCUGCCCGGAACUGGAUCAGCUGGUGGACACGUGCCUGCAGUCGGGUGCUGCCGGCUCUCGUCUGACAGGGGCAGGCUGGGGAGGCUGUGUCGUGUCCAUGGUUCCCAUCGACAAGCUGGAUUCCUUUCUCCUGAAAGUACGAGAAUCGUAUUACCAGCCCGACGCACGUCGAUCAGCUUUGGAAAAACAAAGUUUGUUUGUCACAAAACCCGGUGGGGGAGCAGCAAUCCUUUUUGAGGCUUAGCAGCGUCAGUGGGAGGAAUAUUACGGGAUCUGCCGUGACCCGUUAAUAUGUUUCUGUCACGACUUUCAGGCACGCGUAUUGCAAGGGUUCUUGUUGGCUAGAUGACGUCUGUUCAGAUUAUGAGAGUUCUAAAAUGGUGAUUAGCUGGGAGAAACCUCAAACUACAGGUCAUUUUUGUAACGAAGGGGAAAAAGAGGUUUUGCACUUUAACAAAGGUUUUUUUGCUUUUCAUACAUCCUUUCUUUUGCUCUUGUCAACAGAAUCACCAUUCCUCAGCAUUCCUAUGGGCUCAGUGAUUUAAUAAAGUAUGCUAUUUUUGUUUCUGUUUUCAUUAUCACAGUGCAAACCUAUUUUUGGGAAAAAGGCAGUGUAUGAUGCAAGACCAACUUCAUGCUUUUCAAUCAUAAAUAUAAUAAAAGCUGACAGAACCUA